AUGCCAGUCCAGGCCACAUGUGGCAGGCGUGUGGGGCUAUUCUUGGCCACCUCUGGCAGCUGAUCCUGAGCUCCAUUUGGCAGGAGAUCCCAGGCCACUUCUGGGAGGUGUAUAUUUCAUCUAUAAUAAUAAUAGUGCUUUUCCCAGCCAGAGGUCUUGUGAGAAUGGCACAGCAAUACCUUCAGCAGCCUGAGGAGGUGCCUAUGACCUCAGCCUCCCUUACACCUCUUGCAGCGAACCACGAGCCUGUGCUAGCCGACAACCAAUCAGUGGAACCUGGAGAUGUCAACAAGGAGCACAUCCUGGCUGGGGCACGGGCCAGCGGCAAGAGAACCUCUUUGAAAAGUUCCAGUAGAACCGCCUGGAAGAUCUCCAAGAACCCUACAGAUAGCGGAACACCCAUGAGUUCUCCUCAAGUCAAAUCCCAGGCAUCCCCCUCUGCGCAGCAUCUACACACCAGAAGCUAUAGUAAACAGAGUCUCCGGUCCAAAACUCCUUCUGCGUGGCGUCAUCUCACCAGAGAAGAAGAAGAAGCCCGGGAUGUCUCAGGUGCCAAAGAACCAGCAGUGGGGCAACAUCAAAGAGGAAGGACAGGAAGUCUCCUAUAUCUUGCAAAGUCUACCCAGAAGGAGGCAGACAGUGUCCAAGCCUACUCAGAUGGCAAAGAACCAGCAGCAGGGCAACAUCGACAGCUGAGGCCCAGGGUGCCUGGAUCUCCCCAAAAGACCACCAAGACCAGCCACAAGGAAGCGAGGGAAUUCCGGAAUGGCUUAAGUGCAAAGGAAUCCUUAGCAUCAAUAGGGCAAGACGUGAAAGCAGAGGGGAAGCUCUUUCAGGAGAAGAAAAACAGCAUAAUACCAAUUAACAUCAAACACAAGUUCGGGAGCAGCAUCGUGGAUGAGCUCGUCACCGAGGAGCAGGCGCGCCGUGCUCUGUGUGAGGCUGGAUUGAUCGAGGGGCAGAAACGACUCAGCAACCGGUCCUCUAAGACACCAGAGAAUCCCAUGGCCACCACACCCUUUGCUGAUUAUUAUGAACUGGGUUACAACCUGAGGUCAAACAUCUUCCAAGGUGGCCCAAUAGAGAGUAAGAGCCUGAUGAAGGAUUCCUAUACCCCAGAUGUGAUUCAGAGGGCAGUCAGAGACCCCAAGCACUGGCAUGGAAGGAAAACCGAUGACCUAGGGCGAUGGCACCAGAAAAAUGCCCUAAACCUUAACCUGCAAAAAGCUUUGGAGCAGAAAUAUGGGGAGAAGACCAAAGGCAAAUCCUAGAAGGCAAAAGACAGAAAAGCGAAGCGCAUUCCGAAAGGGACCCUGCUCUCCCUAGCGCUAGAAUAAACCUCCGUGCAGCCUC